AUGUCAUCUUAUAGAUCAAAAAGAGUGAUUCCUAAUUCUUUAAAUACUCCAACAGCAGUAAGGGUAGAUCAAGAAUUAAAUAUAGAUGAAAAUGAUGCUGAAAUUUUAUUAAAUGAAUUUAUACAAGCUAGUGAAGUUAAUGUAACAGGUAAAUCAGAUCAAAUUAAUAGUGCAGGAUUGAGUAUUAAUAAUGUUGAUUCAAGUGCUAUAUUAUCACAAUUGAAAAGAAUACAAAGAAGUUUGAGAGGAUUACCUCCAUUAAUUACAGAACAACAACAACCAAUAUCAAGAUCAGAUACUACCACCACGGAAAAGCCAAUGAAUAAAAAGAUAAAAUUUGAUGAUGAUGAUGAUGAUGAUGAUGCUAUAGAGGUGGACAAGAAAGAAGAAGAACAAAAAGAAGAAGUAGAAAAGAAAGAUUCUAGUGAAAGUGAAGGUGAAGAAGAAAGUGAAAAGGAGGAAGAAGUUAAACCUAAAACAGAAAAGAAAUCUAAAAGUAAAGAUGAUAAAAAGAAGAAAAGGAAACACGAAGAUUAA